CGCAUCUUGGGCAGCGUACGUGGAGCCGAACAACCUAGGGUUCCGUUCCACUACUCCGACCCCGUCCCGGGAGCGAAAGUCGGCGGGCGGGCGUUGCAGGAUGCUCCCCUGCGGCGUGGCGACGGCUUUGGCUUUUCUCGCCUCGGCCCUGCUCUCCGUCGGUGCCCAGUACGAGAAGUACAGCUUCCGAAGUUUCCCCGUCGGCGAGUUGAUGCCCCUGGACUCCACGUACGACUACGCGCUACAUCAGUACGCCGCUCGUAAGUGGGCCGACAGCGUCAAGUACCUGGAGCACAGCCUGCGACUCCACCGGCUUCUUCGGGACAGCGAGGCAUUUUGCGGCCGCAACUGUAGCGCCGUCAGCCGGGGAGACGACGACGGGGAAGACGACGUACGCCUCCGGGUCGUGCGCCACAUCCUCCUGAGGGCGGCGUGCCUAAAAAAGUGCAAGGCUGACUUUCCCGUCUUUAAACUCCCUCGCCCGCGCCGGGAACUCCUGGAGAGCUUCGAGAAAAGGACGCCGUAUAAAUACAUUCAGUAUGCGUACUACCAGCUGAACAACUUGGAGAAAGCGGUGUCGGCGGCUCACACAUACCUGAAGAAGAACCCCGAAGACCCCUCGCUGACCAAGAACAUGAACUACUACAAGACACUGGUGGACGUGGAGCCCUACCUCAUCGACCACGAGGAGCAGCCAUAUGAGAGUGUGUUCGUGAAGAGCGCCAAGCUUCACAAUAGCGGCGACUUCAGCGGCAGCGCUCGCCACAUGGAACAAGCGGUGGCCUUCUACUUGGAAGCAUACGCCACCUGUGCGGCCGCCUGCGACGGAGCCUACGAGAUCCUCGAGUUCAAGGACUUCUAUCCGACGCUCGCAGAUCUAUACUUGGAGGCGCUGAAGUGUAAAGUGGACUGCGAGCAGCAGUUGACCCCCAGCGUGGGGGGCUUCAUUGUCGACAAGUUUGUGGCCACCAUGUACCACUACCUCCAGUUCUCAUACUACAAACUAAACGACGUCAAGAGCGCCGCCCCGUGCGCCGCUAGCUACAUGCUUUUUGACCCCGACGACCAGGUGAUGCGCCAAAACGUGGACUACUAUCACUUCUACCGGGAACAGUGGGGCCUGGCUGAUGAAGACUUCCGUCCGCGGCCCGAAGCCUGGAGAUAUUUCAACCAGACCACCAAGCAGAAGGAGAUGCUGCACUUUGCCCUCAACUACCUACAAACAGAAGAUGAGGGCGAAGUAAGCACAGAAGCAGCGGUCAUGUCUCGGCGUCCCGACGCCGAGUUCGAGGGGGUUGGAGACUACGAGGAAUCCCUGGUGUCCGAGUGGUGGCAGGAGCCAAAGACCAAGUGGGACAUGGGCGAGGUGCUUGACUGAAAACCCAAGAAGAACGGAUCCAAGAACUUGUUUGACAUUUGGCUUUCAUCAGCUUUUACUAUUCAAAUGCUCCAUUUUGUGCCACACCUUGACAGGUUUUAAUAGAACAAAUAUAGAUCUUGUUUUUUCUUUUGCUAUUAAAAUGUGAUCGUUUUUGUAUUUCAUUGUACAUCAGCUGUAUCGUUUUAUCACUCUUGCUAAUUUAUUACAUUCAAAAAAUGGUUUCCUGCCUUUCAUUUUCUAUACAUUAGAUUUUUUUUUUCAGUUUAAUAUAAAUGCCAUCUAUAUACAGUGCUGGCCAAAGGUAUUGGCACCCCUGCAGUUCUGUCGGAUAAUGCUCAAUUUUCUCCCAGAUAAUUACUGCAAUUACAAAUGCUUUGGUAGUAAUAUUUACAUUUAUUUUGCUUGCAAUUAAAAAAAACAGAAGACAAUGAAAAAAAAAAAUCAUUAUCAUUCUACACAAAACUCCAAUGAUGGGCAGGACAAAAGUAUUGGCAAAAGUAUUGAUAAAUAUUGUGAUGCUUCUCUAAUUUGUGGAAUUAACAGCGCCUGUUACUUACCUGUGGCACAUUACAGGUGGGCGCAAUCACUAAAUCACACUUGAAGCCAGUUAAAAUGGAUUAAAGUUGACUCAAACUCUCUCCUGUGUCAUUGUGUGUACCACAUUGAGCAUGGAGAAAAUAAAGAAGACCAAAGAACUGUCUGAGGACUUUGGAAGCAAAAUUGUGAGGAAGCAUGGGCAAUCUCAAGGAUCUCAAGCAUCUCCAAAGACCUGAAUGUCCCUAUGUUGACCGUGCGCCGUGUCAUCAAUAAGUAUAUAGUCCAUGGCACUGUGGCUAAUCUCCCUAAAUGUGGACGGAAAAGAAAAAAUGACGAGAGAUUUCAACAAAAGACUGAGCGGAUGGUGGAUAAAGAACCUUGACUAACAUCCAAACAAUUUCAAGCUGUCCCUAAGUCCGAGGGUACAGCAGCAUCAACCCGUACUAUCCGUCAGCGUCUGAAUGAAAAGGGACUCUAUGGUAGGAUAUCCAGGAAGACCCCACUUCUGACUCAGAGACAUAAAAAGCCAGGCUGAAAUUCGCCCAAAACUACCUGAGAAAACCAAGAACGUUUUGGAGGAAUGUUCUCUGGUCAGAUCAGACAAAAGUAGAACUUUUUGGGAGAAGGCAUCAACAUAGGGUUUAGAGGAAAAAAAAGAUGCCUUCAAAGAAAAGAACACGGUCCCCACAGUCAAACAUGGCGGAGGUUCCCUGAUGUUUUGUGGUUGCUUUGCUGCCUCUGGCACUGGACUGCUCGACCGUGUGCAUGGCAUUAUGAAGUCUGAAGACUACCAACAAAUUUUGCAGCAUAAUGUAGGGCCCAGUGUGAGAAAGCUGGGUCUCCAGAGUUCAUGGGUCUUCCAGCAGGACAACGACCCAAAAACACAUUUCAAAAAGCACUAGAAAAUGGUUAGAGAGAAAGCACUGGAGACUUCUAAAGAGGCCAGAAAUGAGUCCAGACCUGAAUCCCUGAACACCUGUAGAGAGAUGUGAAAAUGGCAGUUUGGAGAAGGCACCCUUCAAAUCUCAGAGACGUGGAGCAGUUGGCCAAAGAAGAAUGAUCUAAAAUUCUAACAGAGCAUUGUAAGAAACUUGUUGAUGGAUACCGGAAGCGGUUGUUCGCAGUUAUUCUGUCUAAAGGUUAUGUUGCCAAGUAUUAGGCUGAGGGUGCCAAUAUUUUUGUCUGGCCCGUUUUGGGAGUUUUGCGUAAAAUUGAUAUUGAUUUAAUUUUGUUCUUCAUUCUCUUUUGUGUUUUUUCGUUGCAAGCAAAAUAAAUGAAGUUAUUACCACCGAAGCAUUGGUAAUUGCAAUCAAUUUCUGGGAGAAAUUGAGCAUUAUCUGACGGAAUUGCAGGGGUGCCAAUACAUUUGGCCAGCACUGUAUGCAGAGUAAUUAAAAAAAAAAAAAAAAAAAAAAGGGAACUUUUAACACUCUAAUAACACCAGGAGUGAUGGGAAAAAUAUUUUAUCAUUAUUCAUUGAAACCUUAAAACAUGCCAUUUCAGAAAAGAUGGAAUUUUCAUUUUUUAAAAAUGACGUCCUCCUGCAUGAAUGCAUUCUUGAAACCUGCUGUUGAAAAAAACGGGAAUUUUUGCAAAUUGGCAGACAAGUGGCAGGACUGCGAGACUGUGAUUUUGGCUUGAGCAAGUAAGCAAUGUACCAUUUUAGUAACCAUGGUGAAUUCAGGAGGAAAUUGACAGUAACCCAGCUCAGAUGAGGAAUUAAAGAGGAAUCUGAAUUCACAACUGCAAAUUUCAUGAAUGCGUUCGUACAGGAGGACACCACUUAAAGACCAUCAUUUUUUUUUUUUUUUAGAUUCCAUCAUUGUUUCUUAAAUGCCAUGUAUCGUUUUAAUUACUAUACAUAAAAUAUCGUAAUUUUCACACUGCAAGGCGCACCUGGCUAUAAGCCGCACCCUUCAGAUUUGGCAAGAAAACAGCAUUUGUUCAUAGAUAAGUCGCAGCUGUCCUCACAGUAUUAUGGGAUAUUUACACCAAAAGAUUUUAACCGGUAACAAUUUAUUUGACAGCGGUAUCAUACGACUGUCAUAAAACCAAAUGAACCACCAUUGCUUCAUUUGGCCAUCACUGCUCCCUUGGGGGAGACAUCAACCUCUGCUGCAACCUGCUGUCAACACUGUUGUUGUCCAACUUGCCUCCUAGCAUGCAUUACAGUGCUACAGAUUUAAAAACAAUCAAAAUUAAUGUUCUGUCCUAAUUAUUUCUUCGGUUACUAUUCAAGUUGUUUCAUUAAUUGCUAACUAUGGUAUUUGGUAACACGUUAUUUGACAGUGGUGCCAUAGGACUGUCAUUAGACUAUAAUAAUUAUGACAUGACACUCUUAUGAGUGUUAAUUAAUGCUGAUAAAAAAUGAUAUUUAGAGUUAUUUGGCAAAUUAUCACAUUUUUGAAUGGAUGUAAAAGAUCCAAGCUGGAAUUAAGUGGAGUUGGUGACAUAAUUUGCCGGAUGACACUUAAUAACAUCUGUCAUAAGCAUUCAGUAAUGCUAAUGAUAGUGUCAUUAUGAUGGUCUUAUGACAGUCUUAUAACGCCGCUUUCAAGCGAGGGUGUUACCUUUAACCCAAAUAAAUCAACAAAUAAGCCGUACUGGACUGUAAGCCGUAGGAUUCUAAAUGAAGGAAAAAAGUAGCAUUUUAUAAGCCGAAAAUUACGGUACUUUUUCUUCAAUCACUCUUGAUUUUAUUGGAUUGUUAAAAAGCUUUUUUUGGGGUACAAAUAUAGUA